ACACCAUCGCCCCAUCGCCGGAAAAUCCCCCAAUCCCCCACCCGCCCAACAUGGUGAUGGAUGCGCAACCCUCGCCGCAAAAUGUCGGCCGCGAGUUCGUCCGCCAGUACUACACCCUGCUGAACAAGGCGCCCGAUCACCUGCACCGCUUUUACAACAACUCGUCGAGCUUCGUCCAUGGCGGGCUGGACGUGAAGAGCCAGGAUACGGCGCUCGUGAUCGGCCAGAAGCAGAUACACAGCAAGAUCCAGCAGCUGAACUUCCGCGAUUGCCACGCGAAGAUCAGCCAGGUAGAUUCGCAGGCCACGCUCGGGAACGGUGUGGUGGUGCAGGUGACCGGCGAGCUGUCGAACGAUGGCCAACCGAUGCGCCGGUUCACGCAAACGUUCGUUCUGGCCGCGCAGUCGCCGAAGAAGUACUACGUGCACAACGACAUCUUCCGCUAUCAGGACGUGUACACGGACGACGAGCUGGAUGAGGGUGCGGAACGGGCGAACGGGGCGGAUGAGGAUGGAGUAGUGCACCCGUUGGGUGGUGCGGAUUGUACGGAUCCCACCGGUGAAGCGGUGCAGCUGGUUGGUACCGCCGGAACCGGUACAACGCCCGUUUCCGGGCUCGUCGGUGUGCACGGACAUCCGGCCCAACCGGGUCAACCGACUGGCCACGGUUCGCAAAACGCCCCCCAAACACUCUACUAUCCUUCGAGCGUCAUCGGUUCCGGGGCGGGUUUACUUCCGGGAGUGGCCACCUAUGGUGGCCAACCCGCAACCAACUCGUCCUCAUCGACGGUGUCCCAGCAGCAGGCUGGCCAAAGCCCGCAAACGCCCGUAUCGCAGCAGCAACUGAACGGGCUGCACGAAAGCCUGCUGAAGAACGUGGUCGGAUCAGGGGACGGGGGUAGCGCAGCUGCGGCCGCUGUUGCCGCCGCCGCUGCCGUGCUUCUCUCACCGGCCAAUGAUCCGCAAACGACGCUUAAAACUGGCAAACUCGAUCAACCACCGCUGGGUGUACCAUCGCAUCUGCUUUCUUCCGGUCCGCAGCAGCCACAUCCGGUGCAACUGACUCAAACGCAAUCACCAACCGCCAAUCAAACGCUCGGUCUUGUCCAGCAGCAGGGAGGAGGGGUGCAGCAACAGCAACAGCAGCAGCAAACCCGCCUUCAACUGUCCGCCCUGAACGAGCCCGAUCCGGUAAAGAGCUCUCUAAACCUCAACGAUCUGUCAUCGGUAACCAGCGGAAACGAGGGGGAUAAGCAACCGCACCAACAGCAAGGACAUAAGGGACACUCGCUACAUCAGAAGCAGCAGCUUUCCGCUGGCGUUGGUGGCGCUUUCGGCAAGCAGCAACAGCAGCAGCAACAACCGCCUCCACAACCGCCGGUGUCGCUCGAACCGAAAACCUACGCGAACCUUGUUAAGUCGGGUGUUAGCGCCGGAACACCGUUGAGCUUCGCCUCGGCCAUGCAAGUGUCCCUAGCCACACAGGCUUCCUCUCAAUCGGCCGGUCAUGGGCAUCAGCAUCAGGGUUAUGGUGCCGGAUCGGCGAUUUCUCGGCAGCAGCGUGACAUCCUUUCACCGACACCGUCCGGGGCGAGCGGUAGCACCGUGAAUGGUGGUAGCGUGGGGGUGAUAGGAGCGGGCAGCAAAUACGCGUCAGAUCGGCAGGAUGAUAGAGGUGGGCUGGGAUCGGGUAGUAGCAGUUCUAUGACCCAACAACGAUCACAACCACAGCGAUCGAUCCGUAGCAAUGGGACGAACAGCAACACCAUGGGAAGUGGUGGUGGUUUACGCCAGCAGGACAGUCGACAGUCGUCCUUUUCGCGGCAAAACUUCAACGACAUCGAAGAUCGCCGCCAGGGGUCGUCACAGUUUGGUGACAAUCACCAGCUGUUCCUCGGUAACAUUCCGCAUCACGCAACAGAGGACGAGCUGAAGACGCUGUUCAGCAAGUUCGGGACCGUAAUCGACCUGCGCAUCAUGUCAAAAUCCGUACAGAAAAUGCCGGGCGUGCGUACUCCACCACAUUACGGCUUUAUCACCUACGAGGAUCCGAGCUCGGUGCAAACCUGCCUGGCGAAUAUGCCACUUUACUUCCCCGAAAACUCACCGGACGGGCAGAAAUUGAACGUGGAGGAGAAGAAAACGCGCAUUCGCGGACCGGGUGAAGGCAGCGGUCGCAUGGGCAAUGGUGGGGGUGGUGGUAUGGGAGGUGGAAACGCUAGCGCGAAUGGGCCCCGCUCGGGAGGCACCGGUUCCGGCCAAUCGAGGCCGCCGGGCGGUCAGGGUGGUGGCGUUUCGUCAAAUCGAGGCUCGGGAGGUUCCGGCCAGCGCAGUCUGGGCGGCGGCGGAGGCAAUGUUGGCGGUGGUAGCGGGGGCAAUCGGGGCAGUGGAGGAAGCGGUGGUGGUGGUGGCGGAUAUGGGCAGCGUGCUGACCGGGGCAACGUAGGAAGCGGACAACGCUCGGUCGGUAAUGGUAAUGCGAUCAGCAGCCGAGGAUUCGGUUCGGGUUAUUAA